CGCGUGAAGUAGACAAUUACGCAUAAAUACUAUUCUAGCGCUAGUUUCUGUCUGUAGUCAAUAACACUGAUCAAGUAUGACAUACUCCAUAAAUGAGGAAUUUGAGAUAUUUUAUGAACAAAAGUAUUUUAGUUGAGUUUUCAAACUAUGUAACUUCACGCGGCCGCGCCUCCAUAGAGGGGAUUCCCGACUCUCCUGACUAUCGCGGUGAAAUUUUGCCAAGCAGCGGGGAUGAAGCAGCGUCCGUGCUAGGAGUGGUUCAAACACUUGCUCUGGACUAUUCAGCUCGCAUUUUCACCAUUAUUAAUAUGCCGAGAAGAUUUACCGGCAAGCUGUGCAGAUUUCUGUUCAAUCACCUGAAUAGAAGAACCUUCGGCGAUCUACUCGAGUGGGUGAAGAAGAAGGAAGGCCGAUUCCGCACCGUGUGGAAACACGGCAAUGGCUCAAAUGCUACUGUUGAGGACUACGUCGUUUUCUUGGAAUGGGACAAGUUCAAGAAGCGCGGUAAGGGUGGAACUCGUGCGAGAAAGCCGUCCCGGAAACUGCAGUGCCAUGACACUACGAAGAAAAAGAACACCAGCAAAAAAAAUACCGAGGGACCCGAUGCGAAACAGCGCUUUCGCAGCGCCCUGCGGAAGAUGAAGUUUGAAGUUGAGAGCUGUGCCGACGGUUUUCAAGUCAUGAGGUUCCCAAAGAGCGACUUAGAAUACCUUCUCCAGAAGGAGCAACUCCCGCCCUCGCCAAACACCUCGGAGGGUUCGGACGACACCUUUGCCGGUUCGGACGAUUCAUCCCAACUGAGCCCAGGUCAUGCAAGCCUGGAGCAAGGGAACUUUUCCUUUCCGUUGGACAACAAGGCGAACGUGACACCGUGCUUCGAUUCUGGCCGUACAAACUACGACAUGGAUAGUACAAACAUUACAGUCCUUCCCGGUGAAGUUGCGGACACCUGCGGAUCAUCUGACGAUAUCUUCACGAGCCUUUUGAACAGUUAUCAAUUGGAUUUUUUGCAAAAACCUCCCACUCCUGAGCCACUCAUGCAAGAGACCUUCCGUCCACUCUCCGAGCUCCACUCCCCGGAGCUGCCUCAAAUUCCAGUGUUCCUCAGUCUUCCGGCAUCCGACCAGAUCUCCUCUGAAGCACUGCUGGAGGUUUUGUGCCUCCUUUGAACAUGCAAAAAUACGAAUGGAUAUUUUUUUACUGUAAAUAUUUAUUUUAAUUCAGAUGGUAGAUUUUAAGAACAAUAAAGGUACGCGGAUUAGCGUGUCGCA